AUGUCGCAGGAAUUUGAUUGGGAGAACUUUGAUACAUCCCAGUUUUUGGAUACGACCAUCUCUAUGUCCACAUCUGAAACCCCGAGGGUCAACACCAACAAUGUUGUAAACAACAGUAGACUGGAGGAAUUUCAUCCACUUACUUCAACUUCUACUUGCUAUGCUAUGGCCCAGUCUUCUUAUGCUGAUAUUUCAAAUAAUCGUUUGGAAGAAUCUGUUAAUCUGAUGAAUCCGCUAAUUAACGUACCGUUGCAACACAAUUCAUCAACAACUAUUCGGGAUUCAACCAGUACUUUAACGCUACUCUCUUACCAAACAGAUGGAGUCACAAGCGCUUCUCGGCUUUCAUCCGCCGCAAUGCCACUAAUGAAUGCGCUAAUUUUGCCUAAUUCUUCGCAGGUUAUGUCAACUGAUGACGCAAUGGGGCACCAUAAAACAACAGAAAAUGACACCGAGGCUACAACCAAUGUGGAUGGAAAUUUUUCACCAUUGUGGACAUCCUCAAGAACUUCGAUAAGAAGUCGAUAUUUGAAACGGCAAAACGAUAGCGAAAGUCGAUCAGCGCAAGAUUGCAACAGAUUCAACGUAAAACGAUCAGCAGGGAGUAAAAUUGAUCAACCGAAUUCCAAUAUGGAACUGUUGUCAUCGAAUCUAAUACAACAACAACCACAAUCAACUGAUUUUGCAUCGAUUCCGCAUCUCACUGAAUCUGCACCAGUUCAGAUAUCACAAUUCUCGAGCAGUUAUGUAAAUGACACUUUUGAAAGUGUUAUGUCAAGCGACGUCCACUCCGAUACAUUGCCAAUAUAUUUGAACGAUGAUGAUACAUCGACCACACAUGCAUUUCAAUAUCAAUCGGAAGUUGAUCCAUACAGUACGAUUCAACCGUCCCUGUCUACUGAUCCUCUAGUAAUAAUACCAAUAUUCCAUGGAUCAUCAUCGGAAAGUUCUUUGGCACUGCUGGAUGGAUUACUUGUACUCGAGUAUGUAUCAGUCGAAAAGGGAGAAACCUGUUCGCUCGAUACAUUGUCCUCGCUUACAGUAAUAUCCCGAUAUGGAAUACUACUGCUUACAACAGUAUAUGAAAUUGGUGCAAUGGAAUAA